AUGUCCAUCACAAGUGUGAUAAAAACAGAGCUAACAGGCUCUGAUGUUCACUUUGCGGGUACACAAUUUAGACAAGCUAGUUUUCAUCUGAAAAGCAACAUGAGGAUGUUUGCCUUUGCGGUGGUCGCCAUGUUUGUCUUCCAUCAGGUGCCAGGCUGCCUCUCAUCCUGCUCCAUUAUUGGCUCUGUAGCCAACUGUGCCUUUCAGAACCUACAAUGGAUUCCUUCCCUACCUCCCAACAUCACCCACCUGUACUUAGAGAUGAACCACAUCGGUGAGAUUAACGCCACCUCUUUGUCUGGUCUGGAGAUGCUACAAGUGCUGGACUUGGGUCAUCAGUAUUCAAGUCUCGUGAUCCAAAACAAUGCAUUCAGCAGACAAAGACACCUCCGGAAGUUGGAGCUUGGCUUCAAUACAAGGCUUCAACUGGAGCCGCAGGCCUUUUUGGGAUUGUCCGGUUUGCAGAGUCUCCACCUGGAUUACUGUUCCCUUCAGGAAUCCAUUCUGAAGGAAAACUAUCUGAAGCCGCUUUCUUCAUUAGAGACUCUUAACCUGUUUGGUAACCAGAUAAAAAGACUCCAACCUUCAAUGUUCUUUUCCAAUAUGACUCAUCUGAAACAUUUGAAUCUAAAACUGAAUCGUAUCAACAAAAUAUGUGAACCUGAUCUAGCUGCCUACCAGGGAAAGCAAUUUGAAUCCUUGAAUUUAGACUCAAACAACCUUCAGGCUAUAGGAAUAUCUUUUAGAACACUUGACUUGUCCCAUAAUGGGUUCAGUAUAGGCAAGUUAAAGCUGUUUUUUAAAGCUAUCGAGGGUACUAAAAUCUCUCAUCUCAAGCUAUCAGGACACAUAGGUAAAGGCUUUUCAUUUAGCAAUCUCCUGGAUGUGGACAAAAGCACCUUUGAGUGCCUGAGGACCAGCUCAAUCAGUAUACUGGAUCUGUCUAAAAACAGGAUAUUUGCAUUGCAAAAGAGAGUAUUCAGUCCACUACCAGAAGCUCAAGUCAUUGACCUCUCUGGAAACCAACUUAAUCAGAUACAUAAGAAUGCCUUUGAAGGCCAGGAACAUUUAAAGACACUUAACCUGUCCCAUAAUUUGCUCGGAGAUAUCCGCGCUCACAGUUUUGCUCCUCUAAGGAACCUACACGUGUUGGACCUCUCUUACAAUCACAUCGGUGUAUUUGGCUAUCGUGUGUUCAGUGGACUUCUCAGUCUAGAAGUACUAAAUCUGACUGGAAACUCUCUCAGGAAGUUCGGCUUCCCCAGCACUCUGCCGAGUUUAACUUAUCUCAAUCUGUACGACAAUAAAUUGACCUUCGCAGCAGUGGACAGCAUCACAGCGUUUGCCCCUAAUGUCACAUAUUUGAACAUUCAGACCAACAGAGUGGAAAACCUGCAGGGUGUGUACAUAUUUAUGACUAAGCUGAAAAAACUCCAGCAUCUCUUCUAUGGAGGGAACCCCAUCAAAUGGUGCACAAUGAAUACGCAAGCUUCAGAAAAGAAGGAAAGCGGUGUUAAAGUGUUAGAUCUUCACAGCAGUAACUUGCAGUCGAUUUGGGCUCAAGGCAAAUGCCUCGAUCUGUUUGAAGGUCUCUGUCAUUUGGUUUGCCUGAGCUUGAGCUCGAACAACUUGCGCUCUCUUCCUGAAGGCAUCUUCAAGGGUCUCACCUCACUUCUUGACAUGAACCUCUCAUUCAACACUUUAACAUAUCUCCAGCCUGAUGCGUUUCCCCAAAGCCUCAAAUUACUUAACCUCGCGAACAAUUUCAUAGCGUCCCCCGACCCGGCCUCCUUCCGCACUCUUAGCGUCCUCAACUUAAAAAUUAACCGAUUCCACUGUAACGCGAACCUUACAAACUUCUUGAUGUGGAUUAAGGAGACAAAUGUGACUUUCUUGAGUCCUGUUGAGGAGUUCAGAUGUGAAUUUCCUAUUGCUUUCUAUAAAGUUCCGUUGUUGGAUUACUCCAUUCAGCUUCUUGGCACUGGAAGCACUUAA